GCAGCGCGCCCCGCCCCCGCCGCCAGAUCCGCUGCUGCUGCCGCGGCGGGCGGACCUGCAGGAGGCGGCGGCGGCGGCGGCCGAGGCCGAGGGAAGAUGGCGGAUGGCGUGGACCACAUAGACAUCUACGCGGAUGUGGGCGAAGAGUUCAACCAGGAAGCUGAAUAUGGUGGGCAUGAUCAGAUAGAUUUGUAUGAUGAUGUCAUAUCUCCAUCUGCAAAUAAUGGAGAUGCCCCAGAAGACCGGGAUUAUAUGGAUGCUCUCCCACCAACUGUUGGUGAUGACGUGGGUAAAGGAGCAGCACCAAAUGUUGUCUAUACAUACACUGGAAAGAGAAUUGCAUUAUAUAUUGGAAACCUGACAUGGUGGACAACAGAUGAAGACUUAACUGAAGCAGUUCAUUCUUUGGGAGUAAAUGAUAUAUUGGAGAUAAAAUUUUUUGAAAAUCGGGCAAAUGGCCAAUCAAAAGGGUUUGCCCUUGUUGGUGUUGGAUCUGAAACAUCUUCAAAAAAGUUAAUGGAUUUGUUGCCUAAAAGAGAACUUCAUGGUCAAAAUCCUGUUGUAACGCCAUGCAAUAAACAGUUCCUGAGUCAGUUUGAAAUGCAGUCCAGGAAAACUACACAAUCAGGACAAAUGUCUGGGGAAGGUAAAGCUGGUCCUCCAGGAGGCAGUUCACGUGCAGCAUUUCCGCAAGGUGGUAGAGGACGGGGCCGUUUUCCAGGGGCUGUUCCCGGUGGGGACAGAUUUCCUGGGCCAGCAGGACCAGGAGGGCCACCUCCACCUUUUCCAGGAAAUUUGAUCAAGCAUCUUGUUAAAGGAACUCGGCCUUUGUUCCUGGAAACUAGGAUUCCAUGGCAUAUGGGGCACAGCAUAGAGGAAAUACCCAUUUUUGGCCUAAAAGCUGGACAGACUCCACCACGUCCACCCUUAGGUCCUCCAGGCCCACCUGGUCCACCAGGUCCUCCACCUCCUGGUCAGGUUCUGCCUCCUCCUCUAGCCGGUCCUCCCAAUCGAGGAGAUCGCCCUCCACCACCAGUUCUUUUUCCUGGACAACCCUUUGGGCAGCCUCCGUUGGGUCCACUUCCUCCUGGCCCUCCACCUCCAGUUCCAGGCUACGGCCCCCCUCCUGGUCCACCACCUCCACAACAGGGACCACCUCCACCUCCAGGCCCUUUUCCACCUCGCCCACCUGGUCCUCUUGGGCCACCCCUUACACUUGCUCCUCCUCCGCAUCUUCCUGGACCACCUCCAGGUGCCCCACCGCCAGCUCCACAUGUGAACCCGGCUUUCUUUCCUCCACCAACUAACAGCGGCAUGCCAACAUCAGAUAGCCGAGGUCCACCACCAACAGACCCCUAUGGCCGACCUCCACCAUAUGAUAGGGGUGACUAUGGGCCCCCUGGAAGGGAAAUGGAUACUGCACGAACGCCAUUGAGUGAAGCUGAGUUUGAGGAAAUCAUGAAUAGAAAUAGGGCAAUCUCAAGCAGUGCUAUUUCAAGAGCUGUGUCUGAUGCCAGUGCUGGUGAUUACGGGAGUGCUAUAGAGACAUUGGUAACUGCAAUUUCUUUAAUUAAACAGUCCAAAGUAUCUGCUGAUGAUCGUUGCAAAGUUCUUAUUAGCUCUUUGCAAGAUUGCCUUCAUGGAAUUGAGUCCAAGUCAUAUGGUUCUGGAUCAAGAAGACGUGAACGAUCAAGAGAGAGGGACCAUAGUAGAUCACGAGAGAAGAGUCGGCGUCAUAAAUCCCGUAGUAGAGAUCGUCAUGACGAUUAUUACAGAGAGAGAAGCAGAGAACGGGAAAGGCACCGGGAUCGGGAUCGAGACCGCGACCGAGAACGUGACCGGGAGCGAGAGUAUCGCCAUCGCUAGAAGCUGAAGGAAGAGGAUCACCUUCUACGACAAAGGAGUCUUCAUGGGGGAAAAAUGACGCUUGUCCAGCAGUUUACUUCUUGUGAUUGAACUGAACCUGUAAGGAUUCAUGGAUAAAAUGAACAGGAAUAGAUCUGAAUAAAGCAAAUCUGCAUAAAUGGUAACCAGUAGCUCUACUUUUAUUUUUUAUGUUGCUUAACUGUUUUAUUUGAAGGAAACCUAUGUGAUUUAAAAAGUUAUAGCUUUUGCAACUUUAUUACUGGUUAUAUACAUUUGGCCAUUAUAAUGUGCAAGCAAUUGGAAAAAAAAAAAGUCAAGUAAAUGCUUGUUUUUAUAGUAGUUUGUUCUUGUUAAAAAUGUUCAUAUGAUAAUGUCUGUAAACAGCACCACUUUGAUUACAAUAGAUGUAGUGUUGUAAUAAACUGUUUAAUGGGG